UUUUCUACUGCAAUGCCUCGAGCUCUUGUUGCUGUUUCUGAAGGAUCCGAAGAAUUGGAAACCAUUGGUAUCGUCGACGUGCUACGACGUGGAAAGGUGAAUGUUACACUUGCAUCCGUGGAUCAUCAAAAAACUGUCAAAUGUAGCAAGGGAACGAUAAUAACUGCGGAUGCUCUGCUGAAAGAUGUAAAAGACGAAACCUUUGAUGCCAUUGUUUUGCCGGGCGGUCUUCCUGGAGCAGAACAUCUCCGUGAUAGUAAGACGCUUUCCAAGCUUUUAGAAAAACAGAAGGAAGAAGGACGCAUUUAUGCUGCCAUCUGUGCCUCUCCCGCUGUUGUCUUUGCUUCACAUAAUCUCUUGGAGGGUGUAAAGGCAACCUGCUAUCCUAGCUUUAAGGAAGAUAUCGAGCACUAUGUGAACGACAAAGUGGUCGUUUCUGGGAAUUGCAUCACAUCCCAAGGUCCCGGAACUGUCGCAGAAUUCGCUCUUCAACUCGUGGAGUCGCUUUGUGGGAAAGCGACGCGUGCCUCUGUAGCCAAGGGCAUGAUUUACAAUUCGUGUGUUUGA